CAGAACCGCAUAUCGCAAUGUCUGCCGGCGCAGAGACCACCACUGAGCUUCUGCCUUCCGCGGGACGGGUGUUCUUCCAGCCAGCGCCCGGCGUCGGGUGCGCUGUCUCCGGACCCAUGGCUCGGGAAGACCCGGUCCAGAAGAAGCAGGGGAAAGUGACAGUGAAGUACGACAGGAAGGAGCUGCGGAAGAGACUGAUACUGGAAGAAUGGAUCAUCGAACAGCUGAGCGAGCUGUACGACUGCGAGGAGGAAGAGAUGCCUGAGGUGGAGAUAGACAUUGAUGACCUCCUGGAAGUAAACAACGAAGAUGAGCGCGCUGUGAAACUACAGGAGUCCCUCACAGACUGUUAUAAGCCUACUGAGGUUUUCGUCCGGGAGCUACUGGGCCGGAUCAGAGGCAUGCGGAAACUAAGUGCCCCUACGAAGAAAAGUCUUUAAUGACCAAUGUCCACACACACACACACUCAUACACACUUCACUCACUCCCUCACACACACACACACACACAAACACACACACACAUAUACACACAGAAACACAGAGACACACAGACACACAUACACACACACACACACACACACUGGGCACAAGGACAUGUGCCAUCGGACACGUCCCUCCACUCAGAUGGGUCCCAACGCCCCAUUAACCAACAAGUAGUCAGGACUCAACAUACCAUAAUCCUAUAGGUACUGUACUGUAGUAUAGCAGAUCCAGUGUACCGGAAACUCAGCUAUUCGCCUUGUAGGCUUCUGUGAGGACUCCACUUCCCAGAAUUCCAUAUGCCUCAUAGACUCAGCGUCCAAGAGCACUCAACACAACUGACUCCAGCAGGAAUCCAACACUUAACUGAGACAGUGUCCCACGCCUACACUCUAAGGACUCAGCUUCGUCACCUUGUCCAUUGGACUUUAA